GCGCUCAUUUCACGGAAAAAGCCCAUCGUGCAGCAGUUUCCGGUUACAAGAUGGUCGCCUAAACAGUUUAAAGAGAUUUCCUCCACCUUCUCCGUCCCUUUCGACUUUUUUUUUUAAACUGGAUGUGACGCAUUAAAGGACUCGACGGAAAUAGAACUAAAAGCAUUCUAAAAUGGCGAACCGUACGGUAAAGGAUGCGCAUAGCAUCCAUGGCACCAACCCUCAAUAUUUAGUGGAGAAGAUCAUUCGGACACGGAUCUAUGAAUCUAAGUACUGGAAAGAAGAGUGUUUUGGACUUACCGCUGAACUUGUAGUUGAUAAAGCCAUGGAGUUAAGGUUUGUGGGUGGCGUCUAUGGUGGAAACAUAAAACCAACUCCCUUUUUGUGUUUAACCUUGAAGAUGCUUCAGAUUCAACCUGAGAAGGAUAUUAUUGUAGAAUUUAUAAAAAAUGAAGACUUCAAGUAUGUCCGCAUGUUGGGGGCACUUUACAUGAGACUGACAGGCACUGCAAUUGAUUGCUACAAGUAUUUGGAACCUUUGUACAACGACUAUCGAAAAAUUAAGAGCCAGAAUAGAAAUGGGGAGUUUGAACUGAUGCAUGUAGAUGAGUUUAUUGAUGAACUAUUGCACAGUGAGAGAGUCUGUGAUAUCAUUCUGCCCCGGCUACAGAAACGCUAUGUGCUAGAAGAAGCUGAGCAACUAGAGCCUCGAGUUAGUGCUCUAGAAGAGGACAUGGAUGAUGUGGAGUCCAGUGAGGAGGAGGAAGAAGAAGAUGAGAAGUUGGAAAGAGUGCCAUCUCCUGACCACCGCCGGAGAAGCUACAGAGACUUGGACAAGCCCCGUCGCUCUCCCACGCUGCGCUAUAGGAGGAGUAGGAGUCGGUCUCCCAGAAGGCGGAGUCGAUCUCCCAAAAGAAGAAGCCCCUCCCCUCGCCGAGAAAGGCAUCGAAGCAAAAGUCCAAGACGUCACCGGAGCAGGUCCCGAGAUCGACGACACAGAUCUCGCUCCAAGUCCCCAGGUCAUCACCGUAGUCACAGACAUAGGAGCCAUUCAAAAUCUCCGGAAAGGUCUAAGAAAAGCCACAAGAAGAGCCGGAGAGGGAAUGAGUAGAGAAUUCAGCUUGGUUUCAGUCCAAAUGCCUCCUGUGAUUAUGAGGGUGUCUCAAUGUGGAAGGAUUACGAUCUGCUUUCCAGGCAGCUUUAAGAGUAUUUUUUUUUUUUUUUU